GUGUACCUCCAGAUUAUGGAUUUAUAUUUUCACUAUCUAAAAAUAAAUUGAAAUAAUCUCGAACUGGAUCCAGCGGGAUAGUUUUAGUGUGGUAAGGAUCAGAAACAUGUCCCAGAACCACCAAAUGCAAGGCAGGAACCAAACCGGGAUGCCAGUCCUUCUAAGAUCAUGACCACUAACAGUUCAGAGAUAGCAUGUCUGUGGACUAAGGGAGAAAACUGUGUUGUCCAUCCAUCUAUCCAUCCAUCCAUCCACCUAUCUUCAAAGUGCUCCAGAGUGUCAGGCUGGCAGUCCUCAUGGGCUCUGUCACACACUGCCAGUUAACUUAACUUGCAGACACGAGGAGAGCAUCAGAAUGGCCUACAGACAGUGACUCAUCCUGCCUUUAGAGGAGGGUAUCAAACAAAGAACCGUAGACUCCGAGCUCUCCGACCAUGUGGACAAUGCCGGUGAUGUUGUUCAGAUGGUGUCUUAAUUACAACUUUGAGUCUGAGAGGCGUGUGCAGGGCCAGCAUUAAGGGAUAUUGGUAUUAGAGGCCGUGAGCGUGUCGCUGGAUAAACAAACAUGAGGGUCCAGGACAAGCUGUAAUCAGGCUGCCUGGGGGGAUCUGUGUAGAGCAUGGGACAAAUAGGCUGUUUACCUGCACACAGGCUAAGUGGUGGUGGGAGUACAUGUGGACAAGCAGGGGCCCAACAGGUGGAACAAACGGCAGAAGGAGGAGGAGGAGGUGACAAAGGAGUUAAAAGAAGAGAGAGACGGAAGCAGAGAAAAGAGAAGUUCAACCACCACAGUAUACGGGAGCUUGAGAAAUAUCCAACCACAAAAAAAAAAAAAAAUAGAUAUCGAUACUGGCACUACAGAGUGCUUUCUUCUGUCAAGGAACAAUGUGGCUGGCACUGAGCUUUGUGGUGUACGUACUGCUGCUGCUGCUGAAGUUUGGAGAUCCCGAGCUGGACCAAGGUAUCGGCCAUCCUUGGUGCUACGAGAACCCAUAUUGCGGUCCCUCCAAAUGGAAAGUCUGGUAUAAGAAGUGUGGCGGGUCGCGCCAAUCGCCAAUAAACAUUGUGACUUCUCAGACACAGCAUGACUGGCAGCUUGGGCCGAUGACUAUCUGGGGACCCUUGGGGUUGGUGCCAGCGACUGCGAAUAACAACGGACACAGUGUCUCUGUGAAGCUGGGCUUUCGGUACAGACUCCGAGGAGCAGGGCUGCCGGGGCGUUUCUACCUCGACUCCUUCCACUUUCAUUUUGGGAAAUCAGGGCUGGACGAGCACGGAUCAGAACACCUAAUAAAUGGCCGGAGCUUUCCUUUGGAGAUGCACCUGGUUUUCUACAAUGGCAAAUAUUACCGUUUUGAAUAUGCAAAAAGACAGCAGAAUGGACUGGCGGUAGUGGCAGUCCUCUAUAAGUUUGGAAGGGAAAACCUGGGUCUGGAAAGUCUGAUGAGGAACCUGCCCAGCUUAAAGUACAAAGGUCAGAGCUCGCCGGUGUCGGUGGAUCUUGCUGAGUUUCUGCCCCACGGCCUUCAGAAUUACUACAGAUAUAAAGGAUCCCUCACUACGCCUCCCUGCACACAAAACGUGCUGUGGACGGUCCUGGAGGAGCCCGCCGAGUUGAGCCCUCUGCAGUACAAAGCGCUGAGCAGCUCCCUCUUCACGACUGGCCCGAAUGAGAAGCCAACACACUUCCUGCAGAACAACUACAGGCCACCGCAGCCCUUGAAUGGCAGAACUGUCAGCCGGUAUAAGGAGUGACGAUUGUCACCGUCACCCGCUCCGGAGAGGCACUUUGUGUUUUCUGUGCCUGAAGUGACCCACCCGGGUUGGGUUUGUUUCUGGUCGGCAGUACUUUGUGAGCCUUGAGGUCUUCAAUUCUGCCUCAUCUGUCCCUCAGUUCUGACUGUAACUUGCCCUCGAUGGCCCUCAGUCUGCUCCUGUAUUUAUUUAAAAUUAUGCUUCAUUACGUUACAUUCAUUUUUAUACAAUUUUGUGUUUUUUUUUUCUUCAAAGAAAUGUGCUACUGUAUAUAGGCUCAGAACUGACUAAGACUGCAGGAGUGAAUAAAGUGCACAGCCAAAUUGGUGGCCUGUUUUUUGUGUGAUAAAAUCCGGC